UUAGGGCCAUGGAAAAGAUCUUGAAGAUCUUACACCUUAACUAACAUAUCUGCUUCUUUUGCCUCCAUUGCCACCUCUGAGAGUUGAGAGCUUUGUAUUUCUUUUUGUAAAAUGUUUUCUUUACACGAAAGUGAUGAGCUGUUGUUUCAGAUUUCCUCUAAUGACCGCCAACAACUCGCAGUUCGACAAGAUCUGAUCCUACCUGACGCUUCAAUGGACGACAGUAAUAUUGACAACGAUAAAGGAAGGGGCCGGCGAGGGAAACCAUCAGGUACUUCGGGUAAUUGGGAGAAAACUGAAGACAGCGACAAGAAGACGAUGCAUCGGGAAAUGGAACGGAAAAGAAGGAAAGACAUGUCCGAACUUCACGGGUCUCUGAGAUCUUUUCUCCCUCUUGAAUACAUCAAGGGAAAGCGUUCGAUGUCCGAUCACAUGAACGAGGCUGUGAAUUAUAUCAAACACCUUCAGAAUAAUAUUAAAGAACUGGUUGACAAGAGGGAUGAGCUAAAGAAGCCGUCCAAUUCUAUUGCCCGUGAACCUGAGAAUGAAACCUUAACUUCCUGUCAGAGAACUUGUGUUAUGAUCCGACCUUGUUUAGGUGGGGUUGAGAUUAUGGUCAGUAGUAGCUUGACAGAUCAAGGAUUGCCUUUAUCAAGAGUGCUACAAGUACUGCUUGAGGAAGGGAUUGCUGCUGAUAGCUGUAUUUGUACCAAAGUAAAUGAAAGGUUAAUCUUCACUAUCCAAACUGAGGGUGGUGAUAUGACACGUGUAGAUCUACGAGGGCUGCAACAUAAACUAACCGAGGCAAUUCCUUUACCAAAGAAAAUUCCCUAA